AUGUCCUGGGGGCUGAGAGCAGCACCAGGGCCUCCUCCUCCACCAGAGGUGAAGGACAUUGGAGAGAGGAGGGAGCUGGGCUGUGCGCAGAAGCAGCCUCAGGAGCUCGUGAUGGCUGCAGGGGCCCAGAACCUCAGGAACCCCCAGCAGGGCUUCAUGAAGUGCUUGCUGGAGGUGGAGGAGGAGGAAGCCACCCAUCGGAGGGCCUCAAAGGCCCGGGCCCUGCCAGCCCGGAAGUCCCCGAGGACCCUGACCCCUGUGCUCACCUCAGCCCUUGCUGGCAACCCAGCCCCAAGCCUGCCUCUGACCCUGCCUCAAGCUCCCAUCUCGGCCCCUGCCACAGCCCCAUCAUGGGCCCGGCCAACAGUCCCUGGGCCAGUCCCUGCCCCUGUGGGAGCCGCGGUCUUGGCCUCAGUGUCAGGCCCAGUCCUGCCAGCCCCUGCCCCGGACCUGGGCUGGAGAAGGACUGAAAUCUUGCACCAGAACAAUGAGAGGAGCUUGGGCUACACCAAGGCCCGGCGGGAGCCAGAAGAGCGCAGCCUCAAGUUGUAUCAGAGCUGGGAGGAGAGGUCUGAGGAGCCCCUCACCCUGAAGCAAGAAGAAGGAGAUGGUCAUGUGGACUUCGGAGACUUCUUGGCUGUGAUGACAGACACCAAGCGCUUCUUCUGCUCUGUGGAACAGAAUGCCCUGACGGACAUGGCUCCCCCGAACCCCCACACUCUGCUCUUUGAGAUCCUGUCCCUGCUGGUGGAGAUGCUGGCCUUACCAGAGGCAGCCUUAGAGGAAAUCACAAACUACUACCAGAAGAAGCUGAAGGAAGGCACCCACAAGGCCAGAGAGAUGGCAUCGGCCUUAGACCAGCUGCGGUCACGGAAGAAGCUUACCUACAACCCUCAGCAGGCAGACAGCUUGGAAGUCUCAGAACGAAGGGUCCUCAGGAUCCUGAGCCGGCUAAAGCAGCAGAACUACGUUGCCAACCUGCAGAGCCCCUAUGCCCAGGUACCCUGCAUCCCACUCUGCCCGCCCCUGGACAAAAAGAUGGUCAGUCGGAAACAGGGCAACCACUAUAUGCUGGACCAGUGUGCCCCCACCGGCCUGGACCCUGACAUCCGUAGCCUCUUCUUCCAGUCAGGAUCUCAAGGAAGCAGGGAACACAGCUCUGACAGCAGAAAGUGGCUCAGCUCAGUGCCAGCUCGAACCCACUGACCCCCUGCAGUCCUGAUGCUGGGCAGUUGUUCAAGGCCUGCAAAA